AGGGAAGGGGAGGGGAGAGAGAAGUGCAAAAUUUCAAAGGGUGGGAAGAACUCCACAUACGGUUUGGGGUUUAGGUUUUGGUUUGGACCCCAUUAAACUCGCUACAGCCCUCUAUCUCUUCAUUAGGUUGCAUCUGGUUGGACAUCAAGUUCGCAGAGCUGCUAUUUCUGAAGGCAUAUCUUAAUGAAAUAAAUAGAUUGGUGAUGAUGUUGGUACGAAGUUCUCUUCCUAGUUCGUUUGAUGCUGGUCUCUCUUCUGUUCCUGACCAUGGGAAACAAGAAAUCUUAUGUGCCUGGAUCCCUGGGGAUGGAUCAUGGCAGGAACCUACUGUAUCUGAUGAACAUCCCCAACAGGGCCAACAAAAUGCUGCCCCAGUAACUCGAAACAAAAAUAAGGAUGAUAGUUUAUGCUCUCAAAACUUCUUAAGUUCUUCUCAGUUAUCAACUGAAGUUAAUAUGUCUGAAACUUCUACACCUAAUUUUGUAUACAAGCGAAAGAUGAUUCGAAGGAAUGCUGUUUUACCACUGUCUCAAAGUUCUACACCUACUCUUGUAUAUAAGCGGAGGAAGGUUCAGACUGUUUUUCCCGCCCAAGUUUCAACUAAUACUAGGGAAAGUGAUAACGGGUUUUCUACUAGUUCUGCAGCCAUAUCCAUAACUGGCAAGGAGCAGAUGGUCUCUGUUCAUAUUGACAAUGGAAUAGUGAUCCCUUCUGCUCUGCUUCCAGUUGAAAGUAACAAACCAUGUAUUGCUUCGAAGUCUGGAUCUGUUGAUGGGACCUCACUUGGAGACGAGCUUGUUACUGAAGAACCCAAGUGUGAAAUGCGAAAAUGUUCGGACUUACGUCAGUUACGUGCAGUAAACGACAGUUGCUCAUCAUCAAAGUUGAAUUUGGAUCUUGGUUCUGCUUCCUUGAAACAUCAAGUGGAUGAUGUUGGUGAGUGUUCGUCUUCCGGUGUACUGAUUGUGGAAGGCUCGGGGAAGGAUAUAUCAGAAACAAAUUCAUGCAUCUCCUUUCUUCAACGCCAUGGAGUGCUUCAAGGCCUUCUUUCUACCAAGACAAGUCGUUCUAUGAAACCAGUGGGUGCUAACAAGAGUAUUUGCUGUUUGAGGUUAUGUAAAGUCUGUGGCCGGUCAACAACGACACUGGAAAUGCUAAUAUGUGAUUUUUGUGAAGAGUCAUUUCAUGUGUCUUGCUGCAACCCCCCAUUAAAGAAGGUACCCCUUGGUGAUUGGUUCUGUCAUUCUUGUUUAAGAAAGAAACUUAAGAAAAUGAAGGAGACAAGUUCCAGCAAAUCAGCCAAGGAUUAUUCAGGCCCAAUAGCAUCUAUAUUAAGAGACAUUGGCCCUUAUAAAACAAAUGUUCGUAUUGGUAGAGAUUUUCAAGCGGAGAUUUCGGAUUGGUCUGGUCCACUUACUCGUGAUCUUGACGUUUACAGCAAACCUGUGGAACUAAGUUCAUUGGAAUGUGCUAGUUAUCAAGACUUGGGUUCCAGCAAACUUUCAAGACUCAGCCCUAUUGGGAAUUGGCUUCAAUGUCGAGAAGUCGUAGAUGGUGUUGAUGGAACCAUUUGUGGAAAAUGGCGCAGGGCUCCUCUCUUUGAAGUUCAAACCGAUGAUUGGGAGUGUUUCUGCUCUGUACUCUGGGAUCCAACCCAUGCUGAUUGUGCUGUCCCGCAGGAGCUCGAAACUGAUCAAGUUCUAAAGCAAUUGAAGUAUAUAGAGAUGUUGAGGCCGCGGCUCUCUGGGAAAAGGUGGAAGUUGGGAGUUAACAAAGGCAUAGAUCGACAAGAGCAUACGAGAAAUACACCAAAAUCAUAGGUUUCAUGUUACGUUUAUGCAUAUAUUGUAGAUUCUCGUAAGUUUACUGACCGAAAAUUUUGCCAUAACAUUCGGCGUGAUGAUUAAUCAAAGAGAACGUGCGACAUCAUUGAUCAA